CUUUCAUUCCCCCAAAACAGAAUUGAAUAUCUCAGUACUUUUACCUGUGACAUAGAUCUAUCUCUACAUUGAUUGAGUUGAGCCAUUGUCAGAGUGCAACAAAAAUGAAAGUGUCUUUUAGAAUAGUGCUGCUAUCUGUAGCCACUUUCUGUGGCUGCCUCUAUUAUGUGAAUGCAUUGGCAUCUCUUUCGACCAGCACUAUCGCCGUGAAUGAAGGAGACUCGGUUCAACUGUGUGUCAAUAUCGAUGAACCUCAAGAUGUGACUGUACAGUUGCUAGUAUCCAUACUUACAUCCACACUGAAUGAAGGCACAGAUUUUGACAUAUCCAGUAAAGAGCUACAGUUUACUGCUGAUGGGCCGACUCAGAUAUGUUUUGACAUAGAAGCCUAUCCUGAUGAUAUUGUCGAGAAUGGGGAACUGUUUCAAAUAAGUAUUGGUGGGACGAUAACUGUUGGAGCUACUGGUUUCACUGUCGUUACAAUUAGCGACGCAAGCCGUAUCGAUGUCAGCCUCACUCAGGAAAACUACGCAGCAGUGGAAGAGGCAGAGGACACUUCUGUAAUGGUGUGUGCCAUGAUCGUUAGUGGAAGCAUACAAAGACAAGUUUCGGUCACACUCGAUACAGUUGACAUGGGAACAGCUUCUUCUGCAGACGAUUACAUACCUUCAGGAGCUGUCUCAAAGAUAUUCAGCCCGAUAGACGCCAGCGAACCACAGUGCACAAAUAUUGCCAUUCGAAGCGAUGACAUUAUUGAAGAGGUUGAGACAUUUAUGGUCAGUUUAACAGCUGGUAUGGAUGCUGUAAAUGUCAUCACUGGCGAAGCUACAGUCUCCAUAACAGACAAUGAUGGUGUCAACUUGGCAGUGUCCUCAUCUUCGGUGUUGAUCCCAGAGGGAGACAGUGGAUUGACUGAUGUUAAUAUCGAUCUGACAGUGGCCUUAAAUGGACUCCCUUUGGACAGAGCCGUCACAGUGUUGGCCAAUACAAUAGAUGGAACAGCAACUGUUGGAAACAAUGACUUUGUUCAAUUGGUCAACGAGCCAUUCACAAUACCCGCCACGGCUGCUGAUGGAGAUAGUUUUACUUUCACUGCUCAAAUUGUUGGUGACCUAGUGGAGGAGAUGACAGAGCUGUACAGAAUUCAAUUCACUGCUGAGAAUGAGAAUGACGCGUUCGGACUCAGUCAAGUAUUUGUGAGGAUACAAGAUGAUGGGGAUGCUGUGAGAGAUUGUGAAGCUCUUGCUGAUCCCGCUAAUGGUCAGGUGACUGUAAACCCAGACACACUGGAAGAUUCCAUUGCUACCUACACUUGCAACGUUGGAUUUGAUCUCAAUGGAAACGAGACUAGAACUUGUUUCAACUCAGGCUGGGGAGGAGAAGCGCCAACUUGCCAGGAGGUCGACUGCGGAAAUCUUAUGAAUCCACAGAACGGAAUGAUUCAAACAUCCAACACUAACUAUGAGGGUCUGGCUAUCUACAGCUGUGUCUCUGGCUACGAGCUUGAUACUGGUGCCAUCACUGUGACUCGGAUCUGUCAGUUAAACAGCAUGUGGUCAGGAACGGCUCCUCAGUGUGUCCCAGUUACUUGUCUAUUCCUAGCCGAUCCGACUAAUGGAAUUGUGCGAUACCCCAACGGUGCAACUAUGUUUGAGGACACUGCAGAAUACGAAUGUGACGCAGGUUAUGACCUCACGGGAACUCCUGUGAGGACCUGUCAGGCCAAUAGGGAGUGGUCACUCACAGCACCCAUUUGCACACCUGUUAGUUGUGGGGAGCUAAGCAACCCGGAGAAUGGGAUCGUUGAGGUGUCCUCUAGUCUGUUCCCAGGAACAGCCACAUACUUUUGCAAUACUAACUUUGAGCUGGUUAACGGUCCUCAAAUUAGAAUGUGUCAGGCAAACGAAACAUGGUCGGAAAUUGCACCAAGAUGUCAGGUGAUAGAGUGCCCUACAUUACAGAAUCCAGACAAUGGAGAAGUGAACAUUCAGGUUGGAAUCAAUGGAGACACCACGGCAACGUAUAGUUGUAAUGAAGGUUAUGAGCUAAAUGGAAAUAAUAUCAGAAACUGUGAGGCCAGCUCACAAUGGUCAGGAACUGCUGCUACCUGUGAAAUUAUUGAGUGCGCAGACCUAGUCGACCCUGAGAAUGGAGCCGUCACUGUCGGUAGUAACACAUUCCAAUCCGAGGCUAUGUACAGUUGCAACAGUGGUUACGAUCUCAGAGGUUCCUCUACAACUGUCUGCCAAUCUAACUCAAUGUGGAGCAAUGGGCCUCCUUUUUGUGCCAUUGUGGUCUGUGAUGGUCUGAGCCCUCCUGUGAAUGGAACUCUAUUGCUCAGCAGUGUGGUGUUCAAUUCUCAAGCAACAUACGGCUGUAACUCUGGCUUCAUGAUAAACGGACCGACGGUCAGAAUUUGUCAACAAACCGGUUCAUGGUCAGGAAAUAUCCCAACUUGUGAAGAGAUAUUAUGCCCCGAGCUGGAAGUGUCUCAGGGCACGAUCAACACUACCAACGGCUACAGGACUAGUUCAGUGGCCACAGUACAGUGCAGUAAUGGCUACAGACUGAGUGGACAGAGCUCCCUUACAUGUCAGAUUACAGGAGAAUGGACAGACGAUGAGCCCACUUGUGAACUUGUGGUCUGUGAUGGUCUGAGCCCUCCUGUGAAUGGAACUCUAUUGCUCAGCAGUGUGGUGUUCAAUUCUCAAGCAACAUACGGCUGUAACUCUGGCUUCAUGAUCAACGGACCGACGGUCAGAAUUUGUCAACAAACCGGUUCGUGGUCAGGAAAUAUCCCAACUUGUGAAGAGAUAUUAUGCCCCGAGCUGAAAGUGUCUCAGGGCACGAUCAACACUACCAACGGCUACAGGACUAGUUCAGUGGCCACAGUACAGUGCAGUAAUGGCUACAGACUGAGUGGACAGAGCUCCCUUACAUGUCAGAUUACAGGAGAAUGGACAGACAAUGAGCCCACUUGUGAACCAGCUGACAAUGUUGGACUAUAUGUGGGAAUAGCAAUACCAGUUGGUUUAGUAAUGAUUGCUGCAACGGUUAUAAUAAUUCUAUUGCUGUAUAUUAUACACAAGCAAAGAGCUAAGAAGCAGCAGCAGUCAGACGUGGCUACUUACCAAGCUACCAAUAGUGAGUAUUAUGAAGACAUCAAUGAUGCCCCGAUAAUUAGCUCUAGCACAGAGGUCCCUUCAACUCAAGAGCCCCUCUAUACUACCAUCGAGGAAUCAACUGACUCAAACAGCAACCUAACUGAGAGUAAUGCCAAUGGGGAUGUUAUCACAACAGAUGAUUACUACUACGUAAACGAGGGAAUGGGAGGGAUAAAUGAAGUAACCAUGAAAACAAACAAAGCAUACGGCACAACCAAGAAACUACAAAUGGUUGCCAAUCCUUCAUCUGUAUCACAUGAUCCACCCACGAUACUUAACCCGGCCUAUGGCGAUGUUACCACCACUAAUAAUAGUGUCAUGGCAACUGACGCUAACAGGUUGAGUGGGACAGCAGAAGUGGCAAUGAUAAGAAAUGAAGCCUACACUGAAGUAAGGUGGUCGAAUAUACCCACCACAGAGAAUGAGGCAUACACUAGUGUGACUGCUGACACUGAGUCAUAAUUACAUUAGGAACGCUGACACUGCAUGAGUCAUAUGACUAUAAUAAUUAUAUACAAUAGGAACUUUUACUAACUGAGCACAGAACACAUCUUAUAUAUAUAUAAAUAGCUACAUGAUUAUACACACUUGUGAGACUUUAUUUUGUAAUAAAUUUAUCGCAUGCGCUAUUGUUUAAUAAAAGUUCUAGUUUGGAUUAAAUGGACUGCAUCGUUAAUACAGCAAU